GUUCUGUAUUGUCAAGCUCUAGAUAUUCAAUCUAAAUAACCCAAUCCGACUCCAGGCGCAAAAACAUGUGUGCAUUAAGCUAUGGAAUGGGGGUAUCAAAAUCCACUAUCCAUAGAUGGCUUGAGUUAAAGCAGAUUAGGAGGCAUUCAAAUGCCAUAAAGCCAUUACUGUGUGAAUCAGAGGAUGAUUCUUCUUCCUUUGACCAUCUUCCCCAAGUUGUUGAAGUCCCUUUACCCAAUCUUUUCACCCCGGAAACAGAAACAGAAACACAAUCUGAAGUUAUCCCUCGAGUAAAGUGUAAUAUCAUUAUCCCUGAUGGAUCCAAAGUUCCUGUAGCACAUAUUGGCACAGACCCUUUGACGAACAAGCUACAAGACCUUGAUUUCUCAAACCAGCGGCAGAUCUCAAGUCCUUCACGGGCACUUCUUUUUGCGGAUGGUGAAAAGCCGGCAAAGAGACACAUAUACGACGAUGGUGAUGCUGGAAAGUUUUUCUUUGUGCGUAAAUUGUUUGUGGCUGCUUGGAGUUCUAAGCAAUCGUAAAUUUAUGUCUUGACUCGUAGUGGUUGCCAUAGGUUAGGACAACGAUCUACAAACUGCGAUGGAGGCGAUAGAACUGAAUAAGGUGGAAGAACUUUGGGAAAUACUUUGGGAAAACACAUAGUUAUUGAGUACCAUUUUCUUACUCUUGAGAAUAAUGCUCAAAAUGGCAUUAAAACUUGUACUAGUUU